CGCCCCGCCAGUCACCCCGGCAUGUGGGCGCGGCGGGGCGGCGCGGGCGGGACGGCUACAAGAGCUGUUUCGCGUCCGGGCCGGAGUAUUUUCUCAGCCCGCCUGCGCCGCUUGAGACGCCUCUGCCUUUCCCUCUCUCCCUUCCCCGACGGCUUCUGGCGGCCAAGUGGAUGUGGCGGGUGAUCGAGCCACCCUGCCCAGGGGCGCCCAGCACUGGUUCAGUGAACAGCAUUUUGGACAGGACAUUUGGUGCCAGGUCUGAGAAGCCAGUUUGCUGAAUUAUUGUCCCAGUCAGCCAGGAUUGUGAGCUGUUUGGGAAGUUUCGUGGAAACGCCCAAGUGCCAGCACAGGUGGAGGGACACCUGGAGGCCAGUUUCAGGAACUUUUGCCACAAGUAUAAAAGACUUCAGAACUGCAAAGAUGCUGAAACAGAUACUGUCGGAGAUGUACAUAGAUCCUGAUCUACUGGCAGAGCUCAGCGAAGAACAGAAACAGAUCCUGUUCUUCAAGAUGAGAGAGGAACAGAUCCGACGAUGGAAAGAAAGAGAAGCAGUUAUGGAAAGAAAGGAGUCCCUGCCAGUGAAACCCAGACCAAAGAAAGAGAAUGGCAAAUCUGUUCAUUGGAAGCUUGGAGCCGAUAAGGAAGUCUGGGUAUGGGUGAUGGGCGAACACCAUCUAGAUAAACCCUAUGAUGUGCUCUGUAAUGAAAUUAUUGCUGAGAGGGCCCGGCUGAAAGCAGAACAGGAGGCAGAAGAGCUCAGAAAAACUGACUCUGAAGAAUUCACCAAUAGCUUGAAAACAAAAUCACAGUACCAUGAUCUGCAGGCUCCAGAUAACCAGCAGACUAAAGACAUCUGGAAGAAAGUGGCAGAAAAGGAGGAAUUGGAGCAAGGAUCUAGGCCAGCACCAACCCUGAAAGAAGAGAAAAUCCGAUCACCCUCCAGUUCCUCAAGAAAUAUUCAACAAAUGUUGGCAGAUUCAAUCAAUCGUAUGAAGGCAUAUGCAUUUCACCAGAAGAAAGAAUCUAUGAAGAAAAAACAAGAUGAAGAAAUAAAUCAAAUAGAAGAAGAGAGAACGAAGCAGAUGUGUAAGAGCUGGAAAGAAGACUCGGAAUGGCAGGCAUCUCUGCGAAAAUCCAAAGCAGCUGAUGAGAAGAGACGCUCCUUGGCUAAACAAGCACGAGAAGACUACAAGAGGUUAUCCCUCGGGGCCCAGAAAGGAAGAGGCGGUGAGAGGCAGCAAAGCCCCUUGCGUGUUCCGCAGAAACCAAAAAGACCUCCCCUUCCACCCAAGCCUCAGUUCCUAAACCCAGGGGCGUAUCCUCAAAAACCUCUUAGAAAUCAGGGAGUGGUGAGGACACUGUCCAGCUCUGCCCAAGACGACAUCAUCCGGUGGUUUAAAGAGGAGCAGCUACCACUUCGAGCGGGCUACCAGAAAACCUCAGACACCAUAGCCCCCUGGUUCCAUGGAAUUCUCACACUCAAGAAAGCAAAUGAACUUCUUCUGAGCACAGGCAUGCCUGGCAGUUUUCUCAUCCGAGUCAGUGAAAGGAUCAAAGGCUAUGCCCUGUCCUAUCUGUCGGAGGACGGCUGUAAACAUUUCCUCAUCGAUGCCUCUGCAGACGCCUACAGCUUCCUGGGCGUGGACCAGCUACAGCAUGCCACCUUGGCGGAUUUGGUGGAAUAUCACAAGGAGGAACCCAUCACUUCCCUGGGGAAGGAGCUCCUCCUCUAUCCCUGUGGUCAGCAGGACCAGCUGCCUGACUACCUGGAGCUGUUUGAGUGACAGCCUCCAUCAGGGUCAUCCUACAGCCUCCAAGUGGGCUUUCCCCUGGACACACGCCACUGCAACAUUUAUGUGCGAAGCCAAAAUCACCCUGCAGCAGA